AUGACAGAGUGCAGAGGGUCGACUCACCAAAUCGAGCAGCUUUUCUCUAUCUUGGCGCCCGGCUCCAGGUCCCGGCCUCCCGGCCACCCGGCCACCCUGCAGGGGCAUUCUCGAAUGGGCCGACAUAAGCCAAGCUGGUCGUCGAUCCGAUUAUCGGGAUUGGUGCAUUGGCAGCCUGGCAGGCAGACGUUAGCCUCUUCUUGGCAUAGCAACAGGCUCUUUGGACCGAAACUGUGA